AUGGCGGCAGGCGACAAAGUUACGAAUCCAAACAAUCCGAUUGUUUUCUUUGAUAUUACAAUUGGCACCACAGAAGUUGGACGUAUCAAAUUUGAAUUGUUUGCAGAUGCUGUUCCUAGAACAGCAGAAAAUUUUAGGCAGUUUUGUACUGGAGAAUAUAGGAAAGAUGGAGUGCCCAUUGGUUACAAAGGAUCCACAUUCCACAGAGUGAUAAAAGACUUCAUGGUGCAAGGAGGAGAUUUUGUAAAUGGAGAUGGCACUGGAGUAAUGAGUAUAUUUGGAAGCAUAUUUGCUGAUGAGAACUUUACAGUGAAGCAUACAGGUCCUGGCAUGUUGUCUAUGGCUAACAGUGGUAAAGACACUAAUGGUUGUCAAUUCUUCAUUACUUGUGCCAAAUGUGACUUUUUAGAUGGUAAACAUGUUGUGUUUGGUCGAGUGACAGAGGGUCUCCUUGUUCUGCGAAAGAUUGAAAAUGUCCCAACAGGUCCCAACAACAAACCAAAAUUACCUGUUGUUAUUUCCCAAUGUGGAGAAAUGUAG